AUGACCAAAGAUACCACGACUUCGCCACCUGUGAAGAAAGGGAUCACCAACCCGGCCCUUCAGAUGAUGGGUAUAAAAAGGUUGGCUCUUCCCUCGAGAAACUGGAUGAUUUUUUGGUCCAUAGUCGGUGCUAUUGGUGGAGGCAUUGCCUACGAUAAACACCAGCAAAAGCAAGCCAGAAUGAAAUAUACUGCCCAAGUUCAAAGUCUUUCUACUGUCCCUUAUGAAGUCAACCGAUUACCUCGCAAGUUGACCAUCUUCAUUGCUCCUCCACCCAACGACUUUCUUGCGACUUCAGUGCUGAUCUUUCUGAAGUUCAUCAAACCCGUGUUCAAUGCUGCAGCCGUGGACUUUGAUAUCUUCACGGAGUCAAGACAAGGAGACAUUCGGAGUUCUGUUGCCGAGAAGAUCAGACAAUUAAGAAGAGAAAAGUUGGAAGAGGAGAAGAUGGAAACUAACCAAAAGGUAACUAAACACGACGACGCUGGUAGGACUUGGACUAAGUUCAAGAACCUUUUCAGCACUGGGUCGAAGACUGACGACGAAGUUGAAGUCACAGUUGAUCGUCACGACUUGUAUACCCCCAAGGACGUUUUGGGACUCUAUAAAGUGGUUGAACCAGUGACUGUGAAACGUGAUGACGAAGAAAAUGAACUCUUCUCUGGUGGAGUCAUUUGCAUCGGCCGUGGAGCAUACAAGGAAUAUCUCACUGGGAUCCACGAAGGAUUAUUGGGACCUUUAGAAAAGCCCCAAUGGUUAGUAGAAGAGGAACUGAAGGAACAAGAAGCUAAACAACAAGAAAAGAAAGAGAAAGAAGAACAGAACGAAAAUAAGCAACAUACUGAGGAUGAGAAGGAAGAAGAGAUUCCAGUACCUAAAGCUUGGAUCAAACCCGAGGAGUAUGGUUCGGCUGAGUAUGCACCAGAAUUCCAAGAUACUUUCCAAAAUGGAGCUCUUCUUAGAAACAAAAAGAAUACUCCAGUUUUAUUUGAACAACCCGUUUAUGUUUUCCCCGUUGUGAACAUUCAAGGGUUCCUUCGAAUCCCCGAGAAAAUAUAUCGUUUUUUCACCACUAGAGAAGUAGCUGAAUCCAUGGGCGCUGAAGCUGUGGAAAUCGUCCAUAAUCGUACCCGUAAGUUUGAACUCAAACGAGAUGAGUUUAUGGGGUCCAUUGAAGAGAAAGAAUGGCCCAAGAAAUGGGUUAAAAGUGGGUUAGAAAAGGGAAGUGAAUGGGUCCAGCCUUUAAUAGUUGAUCCAAGAGUAGUUGAAAGAAUAAGAGUUUAUCAAGUUGAUGUAUAA